AUGCGCCGCAUGCAGGCCGUGGGGCGCGCCGCUCUCUGCACCGCGGCGCUUCAGCCGUCGUCGUUGCUGGCGUCGCCGCCGCAAGGGCAGAGGCGCCAAGCGGCGUUCAACGCCGCGCCCAAGAAGCCGAGUGGGCUGCGCAGUUUCUUUAGGCUGGCGGACAUGUACAGUCCGGGCAAGUACACUUCAAAGGACCUGCCGAAGGGGCCGGGGGCGUCGAACCAGCCGUGGGACCCGGUUUACGCCAACUACGCCUUUCGGAAGGCCACGGGGCCGCUGGAGCGAAAGCAGAACACGACUCCAGACGACCACCUUACCGUGGAAGAGGUGGAGAAGUGGAUGGACGCCACCGCCGCCGCGAAGGUGCUGGGCAUCAAGGAGUCCGAGCUGCCGACACUGACCUCCACGCAGCUGGAGGAGCGCUGGGCGAAGGUCUACGGCGAGCGCGCGAAUGCGCUGCAGCAAGAGACGGUCAUUGCGGCGGAGGUGUUGUUGGAGUACAUUGACUCCUCACUGCAUCGCAAGAAAUCCCGGCAGUAUUACCGCCAGUACGUUGACAACGCCCGGCACGCGAUUGACCACGAGAUUGACCUGCGGCGUCAGGGACACCGGCAGAAGUUCACUUACGUGUUUGGCGUGGCAAUGCUCACCGGGUGCAGCGUGGUGAUGUGUAUUGCCUUCUUCCGCGAUAUUAUUACUCGCAGAGACGUGGAGAACAUUGGCGCCAACGCGGUGGCGUACCUCAGCAUGGCCUUCACCCAGGCGACCAACCCCGAGCCGGCCCCCGACUACUCCACCCGCUAUCGCAACACCCCCACCGCGAUGGAGAUCGAUCAGCGGGAAGGCAACUUCGGCCACGCGGACCCUGCGCGGGCGCAGCUUGCGGCGGAGGUCGAGGAGUACCGCCGUCAGGAGGAGGCCGAGAUGCUGCGGAUGUUCAACGACGAGAACGAGCGUGCGCAGAAGGAGGCGAAGGUGCGGGAGGUGCGUGGCAGCCGAGUGCGUGUGUACCGUCCCGAGGACUUUGAUGAGGCCGGUGAGUUGAAGGAGCCUGCGCCGCCCAAAAAUGAGCUGGACCCCGCGGCUGCCUUCUCGCAAAUGACAUUUCGGCAGUUUGCCGCCAUGAUGGCGUCGCAGUUUGGCGGCGGCUCCCGGUUUCAGCGCAUCACGCAGGACAGUGUGCGGCGCACGGAAGAGAUGGAGAAGAUGCGGAAGCGCAUGGACGAGACGAAUGUGUAG